AUGCUACGAAAAUAUUAUUUUGAUCCUCGUCGUUAUCAUAACUUCUUAGAUGAUGUUUUUAUGAACGAAGAUGAAACUCCUGGACAUCCAACAUUAGCACAAAUGCGUAGUGCGAUGCAAGCAUCAGAAAAAUAUUAUGAAUUGUGGAAAGUCAGAGGUGAUUUCGAUUUAGCAGCUUUUUAUGAGCAUUUUGUUAGGGGUAAUUUUGAUAAUCUGUGUAUUCAUGUCACCCAGUUAUUCGAGGAUGGUGAAUAUACACUAACUCGUAAGCAAUAUUAA